GUAAAAGACGUUUUCUUGGCGCGGAAUUCUAUUUCAUUUGAAUGUUGCGCCUAGUCAAGUCAUUCUGCUCCUGAAUGAGGCUCUUGAGUGUAUCGGCUGAGGUUUGCGCUGUAUAUUGACGAAUCUACUACUUUAAUACUUAUAUAAUAUAAUGGCUACACCCCCUAAGAGAACAUGUUCAAGUCCCGGAUUUGACAACAGCUUUGAGAAAAGGACUAAGAAGAUAUCCAUUGAAGGAAACAUUGCUGCAGGGAAGUCAACAUUUGUGCGACUUCUAGAAAGAACCUCAGAGGAUUGGGAGGUCAUACCAGAGCCCGUUGGGAAGUGGUGUAAUGUUCAGACAGCUGACAAUGAGUACGAGGAGCUCAGUACAUCUCAGAAGAGUGGAGGAAACCUGCUUCAGAUGAUGUAUGACAAACCUAGCCGCUGGUCCUACACGUUCCAGAGCUACGCGUGCCUGAGUCGUGUGCGAGCUCAACUGCAACCGCCUUCUGCAAAGUUACAGCAAGCGGAGAAACCCGUCCAGUUCUUCGAGCGCUCUGUGUAUAGUGACAGAUAUGUGUUUGCCUCCAACCUAUUUGAGUCAGGGGACUUAAAUGAGACAGAAUGGGCCAUCUACAACGACUGGCACAGUUGGCUGCUCUCCCAGUUUGAGUCCCAGAUUGAACUGGAUGCCAUGAUCUACCUUCGGGCUGACCCACAGAGAUGUAUGCAGAGGCUGCACCUCCGUGGGCGAGAAGAGGAACAGGGAAUUCCUCUGGACUAUCUGGAGCAACUGCACCACAAACACGAGUGUUGGCUUUAUCACCGCAGUAUACACCUUGACUUUGAGUACAUGAAAGAUAUCCCCAUCUUGAUCCUGGAUGUUAAUGAUGACUUCAAGAAUGAUCGAAUUAAGCAAGAAGCAGUGCUGGACAAGGUCAGAGAAUUUCUCAGUACAUUGUGACCUGGAAACGAUACAUAGGUACUGAUUGAAUGAGGCCACUGGUCUUUCAAUGCUUAAAAGCUUAUAUCAAUGUCCAUGCCUCAGAGAUUACCUCCGCUAACUGGUCUUCCAAUACUAACAGCAUUGGAAGACCAUUGGUAGAGCAUUGGCAUUUUAUACCAAUGCUAAGAAAAAAAUUGCAUACCACAGUAGUUACUCUGGAAUUAACUUUUUGUGGCUUUUUACUGGUCUGCUGGAACCCUGGAAUUGCAAGUGCUUUACUCCACCAACUUAGCUACAUGGGGCCUGUGGUCUCCUCAUUCUGAUCUCUUCUUGUCUUUGAACUAAUCCACUCAUCUUUGAAAAAUAUCUCACAUGAGUGGUCAAAAGCAAAAUAAGUGUGAGACAUUAAACUGGGAAGAUGUCCAUGUCUGAGGGCAAUUGGGGCUUUUACAUCCAAAUGAUAUGCAUAUUAAAAUAUGAAUUUUUAUUUUAGGGUUGCAGGUAGAACUUGUGAAUUCCUAAACAAAGUUGUAUAUGUAAAUAUUUUUGUUAUUUUGUGUAUAAAGUGCUGUGCUUGUUUUUACUUUAGAUGAUUUACAGACUUGUAUGUAUUUAUAUGUUGGUGCUUUUUAUUGCUUUAUUUUUACUUGAACACCUGGUUAUAAAGGUUGCUUGUCUUUAUUAUUUUAAUGGGGAUGCUUCAUUAAGUCCAAGUCUAGGUUUAAACUGUUUCAUGGAAACUACCUAGAAUUCCUGCAGGAUUUUUACAUUGACAAAACUAAACUGUCUGAUUUUAUCAUUAUACAUUUACUUCACAAAGUAGUGUAUGUUUACUGACCUUAGAUUAUGCUUUAUUUGUGCAGUGUAUAAUUUAUAUACUUUGUUUGAGGGAAGUUACGCAUUUGUUCCUUAUUUGAAAUAAAUGGUCAAAUAUGGUUUUGAAUACUCUGUUCGUACUGCCCUCUUGAUGAACGUUUGAGCAAAAAAAAUGCUGAAUCAGCAAGCCACAAGUUUUAAAGGGCUCUGUGGUAGAGGAAAGCAUGCGACCAAAUUGUUGUCAUGCAACACAUGAUCGUGCAUACUUGUUACAAUGCUGCAUUAUACUUAGCUAAUAUUGGAUAAAUCAAGGGACUAUAGAAACAUUUGAGGUAUGUGCAAAUGAAUCAAUACGUAAUAGAUUAAUUGAUUAGUCUAACAAAAAUGUUAAAUGAUUUAAUGUUUUGGGACAUAACUGUUUUUAUAUUUACAAGUUUAUAAAACUGAAUUUAAACUGUCAGAUAUAUUAAACUGUAUGGGUAU